AUGGCUACUGCAGCAGUAUCAACUCCUGUACAAAAAAACCAGAAGGGGCUCGUGCCCUCCCUCAAGGUCGGCGGAAGAGUUCCCCUCACUCCUUCGCCGCGCAACUCCAUCAACCUAAACUCGUCGCCGUUCAACCCUGAGGAGUCCCUUGGCAAAGAUGCCAAGGGUGCUUCCAAACCCACCUACAGUGGAAACUUGAUGGCUCAUUAUGGACGAUCCUCAUCAUCAUCCACUGGCUCUCAGCGAGAGUCACAGCGUGAACAGCCAGAACCCAAGUUCAACAUUGCUCGUGUGGUCCAUCCUCCCCGCAAAGCUCUUGCGCUCGGGGUCUCCGACUACGCACUCACUGGCACCGGCCUUCCUCUAAGCCCCAAAAACUCAAAGUCGAAGAAGGGCUCGAUCCAACAGAAGCCAUCCAAGACGACAGUCAACUACGGUGGUGACCGCUUCAUUCCCAACCGGGCAGCUAGUUCUGCAAUCGCCAACACGGGCUCAAGCAAAAUUAGUGGCCCUGAGAAGAAGAAAAAGAAGCGAACUCAGCCAAGCGUCUCAGAGAGGCCGGCAGUGCCCGAGCCCGAAGAGGAGGAGGACACUGCUUCUGCUCUGGAAGGUUUGAGCAUCCUCGAUGAUGAUGCCGAUGAGAGCUACUCUCGCCCCUCUCCAAACACCGUUGCCUACCAAGAUUCACUCGCAAAUGCCUGUGGUGUGAGCCUCAAGACUCGCAUCCUCGAAUUCAAGCCUGCUGCCCCAGAGUCAUCCAAGCCUAUUGAUCUACGCCAGCAGUACAACCGACCUUUGAGACAUGCUGGUUCCGGCUCCGCCCAGGCUCGCCGACGCAUCGCUACCGCCCCCGAGCGUGUUUUGGACGCUCCUGGUCUGAUUGAUGACUAUUAUCUCAACUUGUUGGACUGGAGCUCUGGUAACCAAGUUGCCAUCGGUCUGGAGCGUAGCGUCUAUGUCUGGUCUGCAGAUGAGGGCAGUGUAAGCUGCCUCAUGGAGACUACCCCCGACACAUAUAUCAGCAGUGUCAAGUGGUCCGAAGACGGUGCCUAUGUCGGUGUUGGCCUCGGCACUGGCGAGGUUCAAAUCUGGGAUGUGGCUGAAAAUUCCAAGAUUCGAAGCAUGUUUGGACAUGAUACCCGUGUUAGCGUCAUGGGUUGGAACAAGCAUCUGCUUUCUACCGGCGCCCGAAGUGGCCUUGUUUUCAAUCACGACGUCCGUAUUGCCGAACACAAGGUUGCCGAGCUGGUUUCACAUACCUCUGAGGUCUGCGGCCUCGAAUGGCGAUCCGACGGCGCACAGCUUGCCACUGGCGGUAAUGACAACCUGGUCUCCAUCUGGGAUGCUCGUUCCCUGUCUGUGCCCAAGUUUACAAAGGCCAACCACAAGGCAGCUGUCAAGGCGCUCGCAUGGUGCCCCUGGAAUGCCAACCUGCUCGCCACCGGCGGUGGUUCUUACGAUCGCCACAUUCACUUUUGGAACUCGACUACUGGUGCGCGCGUCAACAGCAUCGAUACCGGCUCUCAAGUCACCUCUCUGCGCUGGAGCCCCCACUACCGCGAGAUUGUGAGCUCGAGCGGCUUCCCAGACAACUCUCUGAGCGUCUGGAGCUACCCUACCCUGGUCCGCAACGUCGAAAUCCCUGCUCAUGAGAGCCGUGUCCUGCACAGCUGCCUCAGCCCCGAUGGCCAAAUGCUGGCCACCGCCGCCGCUGAUGAAAGCUUGAAGUUCUGGAAGAUCUUUGAGAAGAAAGCUGGCGCUGGUGCCGGCGCUGCUGGCUCAGGCUCUUCUGGAAAAGCCGACAUGGUCAAGCAUAUGACAAUUCGAUAG